UUGAAAAUGGCCAGUUCCUCAAAGCAACAAUGGGCGUCCAAUUUCACCACUAUUCGUAUGGUUGUAGCUCUCAUCUUAUGCUUGUUAUUUUUGGGUGAUAUUUCUUACUCGGGUGAAGCUGCUGCAAAAUGGAUUACUGAUGGAGCAGUAUCAUCAAGAGAAAUAAUAAAUUAUGAGUGUACUAGUGAAGGAAUAUGUGUAGAUGAUGAAGAUUGUAAUAUUCUUUGCAGAGCAAAAAAAUAUUCGGGCGGCAUAUGUGACCCAAGUGAUCCAAGUGGCGAUGAUUGGCCCCUAGGGAUCUGUUGUUGUUUAAGCUAGAACUUAUUUGAUUUUUACAUAAGUAAAUAAUGGGUAUGUUGACUUUUAUAUGCCAUUUGAGAAAAACAAUGCAAACAACUCAAUAAAUAGAAAAUUAUUCAGACUAUUUUAGUUGGGUUUUGUUAUCGUA